UUAUUACCAAAAUGGCAAACUCCAUCAAUGCUAGCAAGCACAAGCAACCAGUUUCAGGAAAAGGUUUUCCUGGUAUUGAACCUCAAAUCCAUGCCAAAGGUCUUGAAAGUGAUCAGAAAGGUGGAAAAGUCUAUGAAGAUCUUUUGUAUAGCAACGUCCAGUGCUGCGCAGUUGAUAGUGGUGAAUUGGUGGUGUCAGAAACAGUCAAUGGACAAAUCCAUUUCUAUUCUGGAAACCCUAGUGUGAAAAGAGUUAACCACGUACGCAAAGAACAGAUGAUACCUUUGACAAAUGAAGUUCCAGAGAGGAAGAUGAUUUUCAUGGUUGCUGUUCCAGCAUCGCUUAAAAUACAUGACAUUGUCCGGUUUAUAGCGCCCUCAGCUGAAGGGAUUGAACUUUUGAAAAUCAUACGUGAUGCCUCUUCCAACCAGGACAUGGCGAUUGUGGAGUUUAAGAAUGCUCGUUUAGCUGAUGAGUUUUAUUCUCAGUACAAUGGAAAGGUGUUCAAUUCAAAUGAUAAUCAGCCAUGUUUCCUGAAAUAUGUUGCUUUUGUGGAGAGAGGAAUGCCAGAAGUUACCAAAUUCUGCACCAUCUGCUCUGGAAGAUUCGAUGAUGCAGGGAAUAUAUAUAUCGUGUUGCUCUGCGGUCACACAUUUCAUGCCAGCUGCCUUAGUCCAGUGAGAGAGAGUUGUCCAGAAUGUGGGAUUUUUAAACCCCUAGAAGUGGAACUUAGUAAAUGUUUCACUUGUACUAAUCAAGAGACUUUGUAUCUUUGCCUGGAGUGUGGUGUUGUUAGUUGUCAAUCACAUGCAGACACACAUUUCAAGACAACGCAACACAUGUACGCAUUACAAGUUGGUGGGAACAAAGUGUGGAAUUAUGCUGGACAAAAUUUUUUUCAUCUGCAUUCAAAAGAUGGAGAAAAACUGUUACCACUAAAGGCACUUCUUUUAUUUAUUCAACAUUCCUCACAGAAAGCAUAUGAAAAAAUAUCAAGAAUACAAGAAGAGGUAAUAUUGAGUGAAUUAUAA